AGGCGCCUGCAGCCAUGUCGCUGCUUCCCGGGCAGGCGCCCACCAAACGCCUCAAGUUGGAUGAAUCCCUAGCUCCAUCCGGAUAUGCUGGCGGUAUCGGACGUGGUGCGAAGAUUCCCAUGCAGACUCGUGCAGACAUGGGGAUGCACACGGCGGUGCCCACGAAGCGUGGUACAGAUGCCAUGUUCGGAAACGCGCCGCCCGGGUACGUGCCGGGUCGUGGUCGUGGUGCUACCGGUUUCAUUGGCGGUGUGAGUCGAGAUGAGGUGGAUCGUGACGACGACAAAGCGGAUCUAGGAGAUUCCAACUACGAUGAGUUCAGCGGCUAUUCGGGGUACGGUUCACCCAGCGAAGUGCGCUGA